UAAAGACCCAUUAUACCCGUUCCUAUACUCGUUCCCAUUUCUGCCUCUCUCCUCUCACUUCUCUCUCCCCCCCUCUCUCUAACCGUAGAAACUCCGGCGACGUCACCGCCGUUCCUGCCGGCCACCACACGCCGCCGCCGAUCCUACCCACGCCCAUGUCGUCCAUCUUCUAGGUGAUGUGGGCCAUGGAAUACAAUCCAAACAUAUAUUCAUCAUAUGAUGACAGAAGGCAACCCCUUCUUUCUGAAUUGUUGUAUGAUGAUAAACCGAAUGAUAAGCAUAAACUAAAGGAAUAUGGGAAGUUUGAAAGGAAUAAUUUGAAAACUGGUGCGGCAGAACAGAACAGUGCUCUUGCUGUUUUCCUGGUACGCAGGCUGAGAAUACAACAAAGGUUCAAGAACUCAAGCACAAGCGUUGAGACUCGUGAAGAUGAAUAUGAGAUGCCAGAUAUCCCUUCAACAAUACCGUUUCUUCCUAACAUGUGUUUGGUAGGUUGGGAAAAGUCAGAAAAUGAGGUUGCAGUUCUAAAGCAGCAACUUGAGGCAGCUGAGCAGCAGAACUUGACUUUGGAUGUUCACGUCAACCAUCUUGAUGUUUGUGAGGGGUGAAGUAGUCUAAUGUUGUAGACUAACUUAAUGUAGACUAGUUUAAUGUUUUGUGGAUGUUUACAAAUGUUGAAGUAGUUUAAUGUUGUUUUGAUGUUUGCAAAGGUUGAAGUAGCUUAAGUCUCUUGUGAAUGUUUGAUUGAUGUUUUUAUUCAACUUUGAAGUAGUUUCAAAUUGAAUUUGAUGUAUUGGUGGUUGUAGUAUAUGUGUUGUAAUAGUAGUUUAAUGUUUUAUGUA